AAGUACCUCAGCUCCAUUAUUUGUUUUAAGAAGUUCGCAUCUUAUACUAUAGUGGUUUCCGCGAUGUGUUUAUAGAAACAGUAAAUAAGCAGUUGACAAACGCUGCCACGAACGCGCAGGGAUAGGCAAAGUUCAUUGAAGUAGUAAGAACAGUUUGUCGCAAAUAUCUCAGAAACUAAAGCCGAGCGGUAUGUAUAGGGAAAAGUUACUGAGGAUGUUGAGUUUUACAACAUAUUUAAAUUUCAUUAAAAUUGAAAAUAGAACAAGAUGAACAACUACGAGGACGCAACAAGAAUAAUAACCAUAUUAAAUCACAUAACGGCACUCCGAAAUUUCAUAGAUCCAAGGAAAAACCAAUUCAAAUUUAUCUGCAGCUGGAUUUGGAGCAUGACUCUGAUUCUUAUAAUCGCAGUCAUUCAAUUUCGUAUUGAAAUUUAUAACAGUAAGAGUUGGUUUAAUAUAGAAUAUUUUAUAUACUUAUUACAAUAUGUUACCCAUGCAUUUGGCUACACAAGUUCAAUGAUCAUUGGUCUAUAUCAGUCGAAGAAUGCAUUAGCGUUGGUGAAGCAAAUUGACAAAGUGGACGAAACUUUGAAGAAACUGGGAAUUAAGAUUGAUUAUGGCAAUUUAUUUCAUCACGUGAAGAUCGUCGGAUUUUUCUGGCUAUUGAACGUGGCCAUAUUAUACGGAAUGUUCAUCGAAUGGAUAGUGCAAAAACGUCCAUCGUUAUACUUAAUAUCAUCUACAUUUAUUUACGUUUACAUUACGAACGCCCAGUCAGUUGUUUUAUAUGAUUACAACGCAACCAUAUUUUGGCUAAAAUCGCGGUUUAAAAUGAUAAACGAGCUUGUGGAAACGUCUCUCUUGGAGAACAAUGAAACGAAAAACAAGGAAUCCAACAGGAAGAUUAUUCGCGAAACAAGUGACAAUUCCCAAAAUCAAUUGGAAGCUGACGAAUGGUUACCCAAUCGUUCUCUAGUAGUAUUACAGGUAUCUUCGGCGGACGAUACUUCCAAUUUUAAACAAGGAUUAUUUAUUGACGAAAAGGCCCGUUUGAUUCAACAAAUCAGGUUCCUGCAUCUGCAAGUGUGUAACGUCUCGAAAAUGGUGAACCAUAUAUUCAAUGCUCAAAUAUUAAUAUAUGCGUUUACGAUGCUGAUGUACAUUAGCAUAACAACCUACUUCAUAUACAUGGAAAUCCGCAGAAAGGCUAAUCUCUUGGAAUUGUUUGAUUUGAUAUUGAUAUUCAUGCUCGACGGUAUUGUUGCUAUCGUGAAAAUCGCUGCAAUGAGCUAUGAUUGUGAAUGUGCAAUGAGACAGGCGAGCAAGACGAUAGGACUCAUUCACGCAUCUCCUCUGUAUCGAGAAAGCGCAAAAUUAAAGAAUGAGAUCCUCCAAUUUCUAUGGCAAAUAUCAUACACGCAACUUGAGAAUACAAAAUCGGUUUAUUAUAUAUUAAACUAUAACUUCGUUCGUGACUGUCAAUACUUGAUAAUAACUUAUUUAGUGAUUAUGGUGCAAUUGAGCCAAAAUUUGCUAUCAAAUAAAUCAGUCACAUUCACAAAUGAGACUUUAAACAUUAUAGCAGAAUCCAUAGUUAGCAAUAUUGGUAGAAGAGGUCAUCUACUGUUCUGCUUUUGUGUUUAUGUUGGACAGGACUAUAUUUAUGAAUCUGUAUUUGAUUGUCUAUGCAUGCAUGUGGGACUGUGUUGUUUCAUAGUGGCGCUUCGCAUUGAUGUCGCCUCCCAUGAUGUGAUAUUUUGCCCCAUUUAA